AUGCACAACGCCGUGAAGAUGUUGAUGGCCAAGACCGGACGCGGCUUCCGCCUGAAGAGAGAGAACAAAACGAAGCUUUGGACAAAAAAGAACGAGGAGGAGGACUCCAGGAGGCGUAACAGAUGGAGCUACGUAUCGAUCAAGUGCUGCCACGGGGGGAAGCCGAGAAAGCGUCCACGUGUGGAGGAUGCGAGCGCUCGCUGCAACUCUAAAUCGCGGAAGGCAAACCUUUGCCUCGCGCACCAUACCCCGACUUCAGGCGGAAAGGAGCACGAGCGCCCACGAGCUUUCGACAACGGCAACGGCGUAUGCGCAGAGGACAUCGAGGAGGAGUCCGACCUUAUCCGUCGGCUGCACUUUUCCAACGUCACAACGAAAGAGAUACACAAGGCUUUGGCGGACAUCGGAAAGAAGCUGGGGCCGGCCGGAAAGCAAAAGGUGCGAAGCAUGAGGCACACGUUCGACGCAGGGCUGACCGCUAAGCCUCCGAGGAGAUCGACCCGCGGAGCAGCUGCGGGGCAUCCCGGGCAGGUGCCGCCCGUGGACGAUCCCAACCCGAUCGCCUUGCCCCACGCCGGCCCCACCAGCGUGUCGGCGUAUGAGUACGCUCACGACGGCGGCGUCGCCUUGGGGGAGGAGUUGGGCGCCAUGUUCGCCCAGCUCACGUCUGUGGCGGCCGUCCAACGCGUCAUCGAGAACACCAAGAACUUCGCCGAGCACCUACUCGAGGCCGAGAAGAGGUCGCCAACGACUCCAGUCAACGACGAGCCGAGUGCUCACCCCUGGCCGGAGGAGGAGCUUUCUAUUCCCCCAGCCUACCGCAAGGGGACGCCGGGGGUACGGGGGCGUUGCGGGACCGGGAGGGGACGGGGGGGGAGCAGGGGGAAGGCGUAG